AUGUCUGAGCCUCCCGGUGAUCUGGGAGGUAAUCCCAAUCAAAACGCCCAAGGCGUUCACGAGCAUCAGGCUUCUGCCAACAAUGAUGCCGCUAACCCCGCCACGACGUCUGUGCCUGGUCAUCCAACUGUCAACAGCGGGAACGCCCAACAACCGAUACAGCAACCGACCGUUCAAUCUUCUCGUUCCCUACCAUAUCUGCCAUCUGGUUUCGGCUCUGGUUCUGGAUCUGGCAGGGGCCAACCCCAACUCCAAGUCUACCCAACUCCAUCCAUACCCGGCGCGCCUCUUUUUUCCUAUGUACCUCGCUUUAACCAGUCUUUUGACGAAUAUCAGGCUUCUCUUUCGGCGAACCAGCAGAUUCCUUCAAUUCCUUCAGCAAUUUCUGUUCCUUUAAAUUCUCAGGCUUCGCCACAACAACAGGACCGGAACACUACUGUCCGAGGAACUCCUACUGGCAGUGGGACUCCCGCUCAGCAGAAUGUCGCUCUCACGAGCGGCCAUUCGGCUGAAGUACAGCAGUACCUGGAGGCGUGCCAGCUCCUUGGGAACAUGUUAGGAUACAUCCCACAAGAUGUUAUCCAACGUGCUCCGCCGGAAGCGAUGGCGCUGUUGCAACAACCUGUUGCACAGCCGACAGGUCAACAGGAGCCUGCUCCCGUUGUCCAACAGGCUCAGCAGUCAAUGGGCUCGUCCCAUUCUGCUCAACAGGCGAACCUUGCUGGGGUUCAAUUACACCAGCCGGUUCCGCAACAGUAUCACGGUUACCGAAUGCCGACCUCUGCCUCAGAGCCGGUCAUUCAAACCGUUCAUACCGAGUAUCAGGGCAACACCUAUACUGGUAGGACACGAGUUCCUCAUCGAACUGGUGGAUCGCCGAAAGGACCUCGUCCUCAUCAUUCAAUUUCUCGCUGGCAACAGCCAUUUUCUUACAAGAAUUCCCUUCUCGAACUCGCUCGUGAUACGACGGCGAAGGAUUUCAACAUUUUUCGUGUUGCUUUUUCGAUGAUUCGUAAAGGUUCUUUCGUUUCCUUCUCACACAUAACUUCUUUGGAGAAAAAGGCGCAGUGGUUGGAUUGGAUUGGGGGGAUAAAGCACAUUCUGAUGGGUCAGAAUCUGCUUGGUUGGAUUUUGGAGGAUGACGAAGUACUCGACACCACCCCACCCUGGUCCAUGCCAGUCUACCCUAUCGACAAACCACGCGAACACAUGACGACCGACGACCACGACUUCAACGGCGUCUGGUGGUUGAUCGAUAGCUACGUCAAGUACUACCUCCUUGGCCCCCUCACCUCUCAAGUCAGGUCCACCCUCGACCACGAAAUCUUGCGCCGCAACAUCAGACAGCUCACAUCUCGCGACGUAUACAGCAUCCUUCGGUCUGAGUAUGGCACCAUCGACUACAACCAAGGACGUGCUCUUUGGCUACGAGCUGAAGCGAUGGAGUGUGGUUCCAAUGUGGCCACCUACGUUCGGAACUACGAGAAGUUGAUCGACGAGGUUAGGCGUUCCUCCUUUGACGGCCUCACCCCUCACAUCGCUAUCAGUAACAUGAUGCGCCGUCUUCCCGACUCUCUUCGCUACCUUACCGACAACUGGCGUAUGAAGACGGUCAAGGGUUGGAUUGUCGGCCACAACGACUGGGCCGAAUUCCUGCGAUGGAAGAAGGACAUUUUGUCUGCUUACGAGGGACACGUAGCAGAACAAUAUGCCUCUCGCGUUUCUGGGGGUGUUCGCUCAGCCCAACGGGCCACUGUUCUGAACCAGCCUCGCCCUGCCACCAACCCCUCUUCCAACCGACCCACUCCUGUCUCGAACCUCGCCAAUGCUAAGACCCGACAGGCCGCCGUCAUAUGCUACAACUGCCAGAAGCCUGGUCAUACGAAGGCGAAUUGUCCAGAACCUGGGGGUGAUCUUUCCGGCAAGCAACAGUCGGCGAAGGGAUACCUGGCAGCAGAUGGGGGUGAUGUCGCGAAGAGCGGACACUAA